AUGACCAGUCACGACUACUCUUCAACUACCGUGAACCGACAUCAAGAUGCGCAUUAUGAUUCCGAAGAGAAGCUGCGUUAUGAGCUUGCCAAGACGGUUACGCUCACUCCAGAACUCUAUGAGCGCUUGUUUCUAAAUCCGAAGACGCGAGUAUCGGGGGACCUUCGUUCACGGUUUGGAAACCCAACGCCAGUGGGUGUGUUGGGCUUCUCGAUUGCCGUUAUGCCACUUGCGUGUGCCUUCAUGGGCUGGCAGGGCUCGGGCGGUCUCAGCGUCGCGACCGGUACAGUGAACAUAUUCUUCGGCGGUAUGCUCCUUAUCCUCGCAGGUAUUGGGGAGUUCCUACUUGGGAACACAUUCCCAAUGAUGGUAUUCCUCGGAUAUGGUGCGCAUUUCUUUGCUUACGCAACAACAUUCGUUCCCGCUUUCAACUCGAUUGGAUACUUCAACCCGGAUGGAAGCGGCACUGGCAGUCCUGGCACGUCGAACCAGACAUCAGUAUUUCUAGCAAGUUAUGCGUUCUACCUCAUCGUCAUGUGCAUUCUAUCCUUCAUAUUCCUCCUCGGCUCGUUACGCGUCAACGUCGUGUUUGUCCUAAUUUUUAUGUUUGCGACAAUCGGGUUUGGUCUCGGCGCUGGGGCCUUCUUCAACCUUUCCAAUGGAAAUGCUGUGGUUGGAACGAGGUUGGCUACGGGUACAGGUGCUUGCUUCUUUGCGGCUAGCGUGCUAGGCUUCUACUUCUUGCUGGCUCUGAUUAUUGCGAUCAUGGAGUUGCCGGUGCCGGACCUGCCUGUAUGCGACCUGAGUAUGGUGAUCAAGGCGAGGCCAAGAGGUGUGAUCAAGGAAGAGUAA